GGCAGCAGUGUCGGCGGAGCUGCGAGGAUGCUGAGAGAGAUGCUCUGAUCUUCCAGCUCUCCCCCGUGAGCGCGCUCGCGCGCGGCGGUGCAGAGAUGCGCAUGUGACGACGAAAACGAAGACGCAGUUUCUCUCUUUCACACUCUGCCACCAAGGCACACAGAAGAUCUCCCCCCUCAGUGGACAUUUGCACAUCGAUCAGAUCUGCAUACACCAAGUCUGCUCGGAUUUAACCUCGCGGAGUGCCGGCUCUGGCCCAGGCUGCAGCCAUGCCUCUCCUGGAAGAGACCACUCUGCCACAAGAGCACCCACCCACCGUCCCUGUGGUCAUCAUAGGCAACGGGCCAUCGGGUAUUUGUUUGUCCUACCUGCUGAGUGGAUACAAGCCGUACUUAGACCCAGCAACUGUCCACCCAAACCCAAUAUUAUACAGGAAACUACAGGACACCAAGCAUCUACCCAUUACCGAACAGGAUCUGGAAUAUCUGAGUGAAGGUCUUGAGGGGAGGUCAAGUAAUCCGGUGGCUGUGCUUUUCGACACACUCCUGCAUCCUAAUGCUGACUUUGGCUACAAAUUCCCUUCUGUCCUUCAGUGGAGGAGGGACAAGCAGCAACACAUCCCACAUCUGGUUCUGGGCAGGGGAACACCUGGGGGUGCUUGGCAUGCAAUGGAAGGCUCCAUGCUGACUAUUAGUCUUGGCAUCUGGAUGGAGCUCCCCGGGGUCAACUACAAAGACUUGACCAACGGGAAACGCAGGGAUGUAACCAGUGACAGAGCCACACCAGAGGAGAUCUCAUCCUAUUACUGUAACUAUGUAAAGCUAAAGGGUCUUCAAAAGAACUUUGUUGACAACACCUACGUGACCUCCAUCCAGAAACUCUACCGGGGGCAUGAGGGAAAAGGUCUUGAAAACGGUCACACUCAUCAAGGAGAUGGAGGGGUGGGAGAUGGAGUGAAUGAGAGCUUUGAGGGAAAUGGAAAAGUGUGCGUAAUGAGUGGAGGAGGGGGGGCUCUCUGGGAAGUAAGGGGAUACCAGCAGGUGCAGAACGACACUCACGUCCCUUUCUGCCUGUUUGCUGAAAAUGUAGUCCUGGCCACCGGUGCUUCCGACUCACCAGUUCGACUGGGUGUAGAGGGGGAGGAUCUGCCUUUUGUGUCCCACAGUAUCUCAGACCUAGGCUUGGCAGUUAGCCAGAGGAAACUGGAUAAGAACUCCGAUCCCGUUCUAAUCGUGGGUGCUGGUUUAAGCGCUGCCGAUGCAGUUCUGUGUGCUUGCAACAGCAACAUUCGAGUGUUGCAUGUUUUUCGCAAGAGAAUCGACGACUCAGACCUCAUCUUUAAGCAGCUUCCCAAGACACUGUACCCAGAGUACCACAAAGUCUACAACAUGAUGUGCUCUCAGGCUUACACAAACGUGGCUCCCUCUUCUGUUUCUAACAGACCCCAGGCAGUUAGUAUUGCCUCUUCAGUAUGUGCCAAGAUGUGCCCAAAGCCUCAGCUUGCUGCAGGUAAUGUGGCUGGUAACGCUAGUAUCAACCUGUUUCCUGACUACACCAGUUUCCCCGAACACUGUGUGGUGUCCUUCCAGUCUGACAUGAAGUGUUUGCUGCAGGGAAACAACUCCCUCAAGGCAUUCAAGAUCUCCAUGGUCCUGGUUCUGAUUGGGACCAACCCAGACUUAUUUUUCUUGAAGGGGCAAGGCCAGUACCUGGGUCAGGAUCCAACAAGACCCAUCUCCUGCAAGCAAAAUCCAAUAGAUAUCGACCCCUACACUUUCGAGUGCACCAAGGAGCCAGGUCUGUUUGCCAUGGGGCCACUGGUGGGUGACAACUUUGUUCGCUUUUUGAAGGGUGGCGCGUUAGGCAUCGCCUCCUGUCUGCUGAAGAGACUCAAGAAGAAAGGGAAGCUCAUCAGCAACGGAGGAAACAACAUAAUGUGAAAACACGAUGAGGAAAAGAGUUUGACACGUUGAUCUUAGGGCACACAUUUCAAACCCUUUUACCAUGAUAUAAAAGGUGAGGAGAAACUUUUAAUACAUUUUCUUCAUUAAUGCAGUGUUUUCUCAUCAAAGCUAAAGCAUUUUUACAACUUUUUAAGACCAAAAAAAGACAAUGGUUGUACUUUAAUUUGUUUCUAACGAAACAAAAGACAACUUUCAAGAGUCUUUUCUGACUUCAUGUGAAGUCCCCAUAUGUCCAAGCUACUGUGUGCCAACGUUUUCUAGUCAGUCUGUAACCUCAUAACUGAACAGGACCUUACACUCAUCAGGGUUAUUUAUUCAUUCACCAUGUGUCUUCAAUUCAUCUACUAACAAUGCUUAACUCGAUGUUGUAUCAUGCUUUAAAUCUUUUUUUAGCUUAGCUUGUAGGGAAAACUAAAAAAUAAAGGACACUUGUUAAUUCCCAUCCAACUUACUGAUGUAAGUGAUGGUUUUGUGGUCCGACUUACAAAACCUACAAACUGGAAUUCAGCCACAAGUAGUGUUUGUUCUAUGAUGUGUUCAAAGCAACUUUGUGAGUGACCGAGCCAAUCUGGGAUCAGUUUGGGUCAAGAAGGAAAUCAUGCGCAAUUUGUUUGUGAUAAUACAGAGAUAAACUGUGAAAAAUCGGUGAAAGUCUCAAAUCUGUUGCCACUAAAAUAUUUAUUCUCAUUCUGGAUGGUGGUGCCAUCCAGAAUGAGAAUCUGUUGGGGCUUUGGAGGUGUCGGCAUCAUAUCAGGGCUCUCCAAAUUAUCCAAUGCAGGGUGUGAAAUAUGGGGAAAAAACUGAGGGGAAUGUUUUGGGGGGUUUGUUCAAUGAAAAAUAAUCCAGGAACCACCUAUUUACUCUGAACCCUGUCAGAGUAUUUAUUAUUUAUUAAACCUGUCAAUGUAAUUUAGUGAAUUCAGAACUUAAAACACCACACGGCAACCUGCGCAGCCACCUUGCUAGAAGUUUAGUAUGUUCAACGCUCAGCCUCUGGGUCUCCACUUGGUUGCUGACAGAAAAAUAAUUAAACCCAAUCACCAGUGACCACAGAUCUUUCCUUGUUGUAAUGAGGUUGCCAUCAUAUUUUUACUCUAGUGUGACUGAGGCUUCAGAAGUCCUAAUGUUCCUGAUUGUUGAGCCUGCUACGGGAGUUUCUGCUUUUAGCUGCUAUUGCAGGUAGUUGGAGCUAUAGUCUGAUAAAUUUGACCUGUUGCUUCAGUUAUACUGCUUCUCCAAGGUUUUCUAUGCAAAUAAUUUAAAGUAGAUCUGAAUGUAUUCUUGCACAUCCACUGCUAAUUUUACUGUUUGGACUCAAAUAUCAUGGAAAAACUUAGGUUUAUUAAAAGCUCAUUCUGGUGUUUCACAUUUUUCUCCUUUUUAAGUAUUGUCAAAGUCAGUGUGUGAAACACCUCAGCCAAAAACUAACAUUAUUUUUGUUUAGAUGCACGCUUCCUUUCUUUACUCAGAGAAUUAUUUAAGAAAACAUUCACUGAAUAGGAAAAAAAAUAAGAAACACCAGUAUGAGUCUUUAACUUUACCCUUGAAAAUAAAUGGCAAUUAUAUAUUAUUAAUUCAAAUCUCGCUAAAAGAGUAAUGAGUCUCGCCUUGAUAAUGUAUUUAUUCAAAUACCAGAAUUACAAUACGUACUGCACUUUUAAAAAAUAAAUCUGGGCAGAAUAAACACUAGCUUACCCUAAUCUAAAGCCAUAUGGAGCUAAAGAGCUUUAAAACAGCAGAAUACACACUUUUACAGUUAUACCAUCCAGUAUUUCUUAUUUAAAAAUUUAAUCCAUUUGCAUUUAUGUAAUUUGAUGAUGGUGUUUUAAAGGGCUAAAAAGCAUACUACAUAAUCUCAUAUCAGGAUUUAAUACUGAGCUAUCAUUAUAUUAAUUUAAUAGAUUUUUACUAAUGGUGUGAAACAUGCUCCACCAAACAGGUCAAAUAUUCACUGCCGUUUUCCUAAAUUGUAUUGACACGUAGAGCUAUACUAAAAAAAGCUCUACUUUUAUACAUGUCCACAUGGUACAAUCAAACAGUUGCACAUAUUUCAAUUUUUAUUUUUAUUUAUACAGCGCCAAAUUACGACAAAAGUCACCUCAAGGCUUUAUAUUGUAAGGUAGACCCUACAAUAGAGAAAAACCCAA